UUCUUUUCUCAAUAUCAAUAUGUUUAUCUCACUUGAUUUUUGAGCCAUGGCUCUCCUAUUUAUUGUCUACCAAACCUGCUUCUAAUAAAAACAAUAAUUUUUCUGAUUAAUUAAUACUUUAGCCGUCUGGUCUCUCUAUGUCAGUUGGCGAACAGGAACGAGGAUGAAGAAGAGUGUAGAAUCUCUUAAAGAAGAAGAUCUCAGUGGGAAGAGGGUGUUGGUAAGAGUUGAUAUGAAUGUCCCAAUGGAUCGCAAUGGCAAUAUCACAGAUGACACCAGAAUCCGAGAUGCUAUUCCUACCAUUAAGUAUUUGAUUGAACACCGUGCUCGUGUCAUUCUCAUGGCUCGUCUUGGUUUACCAGUUGGUGACAUUAAAAAUUACAGCUUGAAGUCACUUGUUCCAAGGCUGUCAGAGCUAUUGGGAUUCCAGGUCAUGAUGGCAAAUGAUUGCAUUGGUGCAGAAGUUGAGAAUUUAGUUAAUGCAUUACCAGAGGGAGGAGUUCUGCUGCUGGAAAAUUUGAGAUUAUAUAAAGAAGAGAUUUUCAAUGAUAAGAACUUUGCAAGUAAGUUGGCGUAUCCUGCAGAUUUGUAUGUCAAUGAAGCCUUUGGGACUUCGCACCGGUCAUACGCUUCCACAGAAGGGGUUGCUAGUCUCUUGAAACCAGCUGUUGCUGGAUUACUCAUGCGAAAGGAACUUGACUAUUUUGUUGGAGUUCUAGAAGACCCACCGAAGCCAUUCCUUGCCAUUGUUGGUGGUUCAAAACUAUCAACUAAGAGUCUUUUGAUAAAGUCACUUAUGGAUAAAAAGGUCGACACUUUAUUACUUGGUGGAGGCAUUAUCUUUACUUUGUUACGCGCCAAAGGGCGCUGUGUUGGGUCCUCACUUGUGGAAAGACACGAGCUCAACGAGGCGAAAUCAAUUAUGGCCUACGCAAGUGCAAAAAAUGUACGUCUAUUGUUUCCUCUUGAUGUAAUGAUGGCAGAUAAGCAUGGUGCUGAGGCCAUGACCAAGGUUGUUCGAGUAACUAAAAUUCCCAAUGAUGACUGGAUGGGUUUGGAUAUUGGACCCGAAGCUAUCAAGAUCUAUAGCGAAACUCUAGAUGCCGCGAAAACUAUCUUCUGGAAUGGACCUAUGGGAGUGUACGAGUAUGACAAAUUUGCUGCUGGAACAAAGGCUAUUGCAGAAAAGCUGGCAGAACUUACUGAAAAGGGAGUAACAACAAUCAUAGCUGGUGGUGAUUCUGUUGCGGCUGUGAAGAAGUUUGGCCUUGCGGACAAGAUGAGCCUCAUUUCGACAGGAAGGGGUGCCAGUUUAGAGCUUCUGAAGGGGAAACAGCUUCCUGGGCUGGUUUACCUUGAUGCUGAGGAGUAG